AUGUCUUCACGAAAGCAGUCGGUCAGUAGCAGCGAGAAGCAAGAGCAUAGCGAGGUGCAUCAGCGCGAUGCUAAAAACCUCAUUCGAUACACCCGCGAGGAGCUGUUCGGUAUGAAGGAUUUGCCAGCGAGCCGUGUUCGACCCGAAUGUUUAUCUGCCGACUUCGACAAGUACCAUUUCAUUAUUUUGAAAAACAUUUCCCGACCAGGCGUCCCCUUCCUGCCGUCAGAACUGUCAGGAAACAUCUUUUUAAAAUUUCGGCUUUCAAGCUUUCCUGGCCUCUGA